CUUGCACAGAACCACCAAGAGCAUCUCAUCGCAUCCAUUGCUCCUGGUGCUUCCAUACGACUCAUUUAUUUCCUUUAUUUGCUCGUCUAUCCAUGUCCAUAGUGACCCAGGGUGCAUCGUCCAGCUGGCUCCUCGCUCUUGCUGCAUCCCCAACCACCUUGGUACAAACAGGCAGCCCCAGCAUGCCCACAGCAACCCAAAGGGUCACAAGUGCAGGUACACCCACUCUGCACGCAGCAUCCAGGCGCUGCAAGAAAAAGUGUGCAACGACGCAGACAGCAGGCUUGCAAAGAAAUGCAGCAAUCCAAGUAUGCAUCAAGCCACCGUCAAGGACCCGGACUGUCCAAACAGAGGUUUCUGGGACACUGUUGUGGGCUUCCUCCCCGUUGCAUUCCUCGCAUCCAUGGGACCUCGAUUCCUCGGGCGAGCAGCAAAGACAAGACGCCGACCCUGACUAUUCUCCAUCGGAAGACAGCUUUGAGAGGCCUGAGAAGCAAGCGCCAUCCCUGGUGGAAGAGAGGAAAUUCAUCGUCUUUGAAUCCUGCCUUGACGUGCUGCUCGACACGUGCCAAACCUGUGCUGCCUCUAUCAUUCACAUGGACAAGAGUGUUCAAGGCUGCUGUCUCCAGGUUUCCACCGUUUGCAAGAAUGGCAACGUGGAUAACUGGUGUAGCCAGCCGAUCAUCAGGCGAAAGCCGGUUGGCAACAUCCUCAUGGCUGCUUCACCUUUGCUUACUGGCUGCUGCAUCAAAAAGACAUUGAGGAUGCUGACUGGUAUGGGGAUAGCCUGCUUCACCUACAGGACCUUCUUCACGAUCCAGAAGGCGUUUCUCCGUCCUGCAAUUGAAAAGGUGUGGAACAAGCAUCAGCUGGACCUGUUCACAGCUGCUGCAGGAAAGCAGCUGACGAUCGCCGGUGAUGGGAGGGCGGAUUCGCCUGGUCACAGUGCCAAGUACGGCACCUACACCAUGCUGGAUGUUGACAGUAACAAGGUCCUUCACGUGGAAACUGUCCAGGACCUCAUCCUUCCCAAGUGGAAAUCCCUGGUGGCGCACGUGGCAAAUGUGCACUCCCACCGUGAUCCUCUGUUCCCAGAGUGCCAGCAUCAAGAGCUACAUAAGAAGUGGCUAGAGGAAGGAUCGCCUGCUCAUCAGAAGCUGCGGGAGAUUGUCCUUUCCCCACACCUCGUACGGGACAUCCCUCGGCUAUCCACAUCAGCACAGACCUUUGCAACGGAGUGCUUCCAUAGCACCCUGUUGCAGUUUGCACCGAAGCUAAUGCACUACAGCUUCCGCAGCAUGAAGGCAAGGACCUUCCUGGCAGCCUUGCAUUAUAACGAGAACGCAGGAAGGCCCCAGGCAGUGACCAAGGAUGGGGAGCUCGUCUGGGUCAUCAAGUUCCCUAAAGCGAAGAAGGGGGCUGUGGUUGCUCCGCACAAAACUGGCUGCACAUACGAGUAUGUGGGGGAGCUGAUGGCAGCUGUGCUGGACCUGUGCAAGACCAUGCCCUCCUAUGCUGCCGCCAUUGAACUGCACAGCCAGGAUGCACCUCCAUUCCUGUCCAGUGCAUAUGAGUGUGCCGACAAACAGGCACUGGUGCAACAACACCAGUCAAGGUUUAACAGGUAGCGAGAUGAAAGUUAGGGCCUGGCUUUGUACAAGUCCUUGCAAGGUCACACUGGCACAAAUCCACGUCCCUGAGUGGGGGAGUAGCUGCCGGUCUCGC